GUUGUUUUUAAGCAGCUGGUGAUAAAAUUUGAACGCAGUUUUUGUAGUAAUCUUAAUUCAAAAGCUUACACAUAAAAAGGUAUACAGUCAAACCAUAUAUAGCAAAUAUGUGUACUAAAAAUCAAAGAGUUUGACUAAUUUUGUCAAAUAAAUUCUGAUUGCAACCGAAGCCUUUUUGAUUUGAUAUGAUCUGAUCUGAGAUUGAAAAUUGUUUUCAUUAAUCACUAACUCGAAAAAUGUCAUCGAGCAUUACUAUGAGCAAGAGUAGUAAUGCAACAUCUGCUAGUUUGACUGCAUGUCCUAGUUGUGGUGGAUCCUUCACAGCGACUGGUGCACAACAGCCCCUGAUCAUUACGUGUGGGGAUACCUUUUGCAGGAGGUGUGUGCAGGAUCUUACCGACACAUGUGGUACACUGGUAUGUCCUGUGUGUGGGGAAGUGAAUGAAGAGGAGGAAGGGGGAGGGGGAGGGGGACCCACAGGGUACAGUGUGAACAGACUAGCUUUGUCUCUUAUCAGCACAAACACUAACUCAAACAACGCCAGUGCAUCUAAGGAGAUCCCGGAUAACUUUCCAGCCGAAAACUUCAAUCAAACACAACACGUGCGAUCUCAUUCCGCUGUUGAGCGUCAACGAUCUCCGAAUAAACUCCACCCCUCUCGCCCCCUCACAGCGGGAGGAGGUGGGGCAGAGCCCCUCCUCGUCGCCCCUGCUGUGCCCCGCCCGGAUGUAUGUGGGGCAUGUGGGAGGGACUUCACCUCAGGCAAGGAUGAGCUGCAACACUGCCCCCAUUGUGGGCUGGCCGUGUGUGGCGUGUGCAAGGGAAUUGCAGCGACCAAUAGCAAACUAGUGCUGCUCCUCCGCAACUCUCUCGAACUCUAUUCCACCGACAUCCUCCGAGUGUCUGGCAAGUUUUUCGGCAGCACUGAACUGGCAAAUCCAGUGUCUCUGGCAGCAUCUCACAGCCGAAUAUUCGUCUACGACCAGGACAGAGAACGCAGCCUGCACUACAUAGCCAUAUUUGACAAUCAGGGCAGAUAUGUUUCUAAGAAGUUUGUUGGGGAAGCGAGGUGUGAUUUGAGCGCCACUGUUUCUGUCGUCAAGGGAAAGACUUUAGAAGAGACGCUUCUAGUUGUCGGCAGCUGCAAAAGUGUCUUUCUCAGAGUUCUCAACUCAACCGGUGAACUACUUUGGGAAUUCAAUCUUGACGAGCCCAAAAUCCAGGGUCGCAAAUGGAGACCCCAUGACACUGCCGUGGACAACGAGGGCAACUUUUUAGUUCUCGAUAGCAGCGGGAGAAAAGUUCUCGUUUUCAACAAGGAGGGAAAACUUUGCGGUCAGUUCGACCCUUUUUCAACCAAGACAGGACAGGCAUCGAAACUUGCGGUCAAUUCGGAAGGACAGAUUGUGCUUUUGGAGUCAAAUCAAGGAAAAUUACUAAUAUUUUAAACUAAUAUCAUCAGAAUCUUUUUAUAUAAUGAAAAAACAAAA